AUCAUUUUUCAGUCAAACACUGACGUCGGCAAUCUGCUCUCUUUGUCAGCUUCCGUCUUGUCAUCAUCCAUCCGUUUCCUUCCACGAACCCCCACAUUCUCGCCCACCUCUUGUCUACCCUUCACAAACCUUCGAUAACAGUAUUGCAGCCUCUGCGUUUCUCACAUAGUUCUUCGAUAGAUUAUCCAAACAAAAUGGGAGCCCCAAGCACAGUUCCCCACCAUCCACCCACCUACGGUAGCAAUGAGGCGUCGACUUCUUACACGAGGCCCCCUCCGGGCUAUACUGGGGAUCAGUCACCGCUGAUGGGGACCCCCCGCAGUAGUGAAGAUAACAUCCCCGACGACUUCAAGUACUCAACCUCUGUAGCCGAGGCCACAAUCGACAUCCGCCAUGCCUUCGUGCGAAAAGUUUAUGCAAUCCUCACGGUUCAACUUAUCGUUACAGCAAUUUUCAGUUCAAUUUCCUUCUUCAACGACUCGUUCAAAACAUGGAUUCAAACGAACACCUGGAUGCUUUUCAUAGCGCUCUUUGGCUCUUUAGGAUUCCUUGGGUUGACGUUCUGGAAGCGGCAUUCCUAUCCUAUGAACCUGAUCUUCCUCUCCGGAUUCACUUUGGUCGAAGCUUAUACCGUUGCCAUCGUAACCUCUUUCUACGACUAUAGGAUUGUGCUUGAGGCUGUCAUCAUCACCGGCUUGCUUUUUGCCGGGCUGACCUUGUUUGCCAUGCAGACUAAAUACGACUUUUCAAGUUGGCAUAGCUACCUCUACGGCGCGCUCUGGCUCCUCAUCGUACUCGGGUUCGUCUCCAUGUUCUUCCCGCAUAAUGGUUGGGUCGAACUUAUGUACUCGGGCAUCGCGGCUUUGUUGUUCUCCGCGUAUAUCUUGUUCGAUACGCAGAUGAUUAUGAGGAGGAUGCAUGUUGAGGAGGAGAUUGCUGCGGCGAUUGCUCUGUAUUUGGAUAUUAUUAACUUGUUCCUUGCUAUCCUGAGGAUUCUCAAUAGUUCUAACGAUAACUAAGAUGGAUCGUCUGUUGGGGGAACAAAUUGGGGGAUGGAGGAAGGGUGCCGGGUGAAUAGGAGAAAUAAUCAGAGAAUGGAGGAAAGGUGCCGGAAUAAUUAGGGAAUGAGGACAAGGAGGAGGGAAAGCGCACAAUCAGCCAGGAUGGGGAUUUGUAGGAAGGCUAUGGACUGGGGGUAAUGGGGUUGCUGCUUUGGAAAUCAGCUUGUCUUUUUUUCUAUCGUUUUAUUUGGCUGUUCCAGUCGAACCGGUUUUUGUGAUGGUGAUGGUUCCUUUUUUUCCCCUUCUUCAAGCCAGUCUAUGGUUUGGAACUUUUCACGAUGUACCUUUAAUCCAUCCCGCUUUUCAGUA